UGACAUUUCUCGUACAGAUUCGCAAUCAGUCGGUCGGUGCGCGUAUUUGUGGUGGGGUAAUUUUGGUCGGUCCCGUUUGUCGGUUCGAGUCGAGUCCCAAUCUUGAUAUUUUUCGUGGUGAUACGCGGCGAUCGAUUGUGUAGGACCGGAAAAGUUACUCCCGACAAGAGGCUGUGCUUCGAUACGUAAAAACCAGGACAAAGGAUGAUGCUCGCCACCGCUGCCGUGCGUGGAUUGUCUCGCCGCUGCUUUUCGACCUCCAAAGUCGUUUCCGCACAGCAGCUGACCGUUCGCGAUGCCCUUAACACCGCACUGGACGAGGAGAUGGAGCGGGACGAAAAGGUGUUCCUGCUGGGCGAGGAGGUGGCCCAGUACGAUGGCGCUUACAAGGUCUCCCGCGGACUGUGGAAGAAGUACGGCGACAAAAGGGUGAUCGAUACACCAAUCACCGAGAUGGGUUUCGCUGGUAUCGCAGUUGGUGCUGCCAUGGCUGGUCUACGCCCUGUGUGCGAGUUCAUGACGUUCAAUUUCUCAAUGCAGGCCAUCGAUCAGGUAAUCAAUUCCGCAGCGAAAACAUUCUACAUGUCAGCUGGUACCGUAAAUGUGCCAAUGGUCUUCCGUGGUCCUAAUGGUGCAGCCGCUGGUGUGGCAGCUCAGCAUUCACAAUGUUUUGGUGCCUGGUACUCCCACUGUCCCGGACUGAAGGUCAUCUCACCCUACGACAGCGAAGAUGCUAAAGGACUCCUAAAGGCCGCAAUCCGCGAUCCUGACCCUGUUGUGUGUUUGGAAAAUGAAAUGCUUUACGGUGUGAGCUAUCCAGUGUCGGAUCAGGUACUGGAUAAGGAGUUCUUGUUGCCAAUCGGGAAGGCGAAAAUCAUGCGGCCAGGUAAACACAUCACGCUGGUAGCUCACUCAAAAUCGGUUGAAACUGCGCUGGAAGCGGCGACAGAGCUUGCUGGGAAGGGUGUCGAGUGUGAGGUGAUCAACCUGCGUUCGUUGCGUCCACUCGACACGGACACAGUGUUCAAGUCUGUCCAGAAAACUCACCAUCUGGUGACGAUUGAGCAAGGUUGGCCACAAAGCGGUAUUGGAUCUGAAAUUUGUGCUAGAAUUAUGGAACACGAGACAUUCUUCCACCUUGACGCACCAGUUUGGCGUGUAACAGGUGUGGACGUACCGAUGCCUUACGCUAAGACUCUGGAAGCAGCAGCACUGCCCCAAACAGCUGAUGUUGUAAACGCCGUUAAUAAAGUGCUAGGAGUUAAGUGAAUUCUGAAAGAAUUGCCUGCAUAAUAGAUGAAUCUGAUUUAGAACGAAUCACCAAAAAGAGUAAAAACACGAAGCUGGAUCAUUGACAAUGAAGGAAUAUGUAGAAUUGGGAAAAAUGAAUAAAGGCAACAACUCUCCCAACAAAUCAGUCAAGUCAACAGAAUCGCAAAUUUGUUGAGUUGCAGUAAAUUUGCAAAUCGAUGUUCGCCUUACGAUCAAGGAAUAAAACGAAGAGAGUGAAUAUAUUUUCCAAAACAUCAAGUUCUCCGCUAACACCGUUAUCCAUCUUGUUUGCAUUGAGUUGGGGAACUUUCGGAGACUUGAACAAUACUGCCCGAAUGAUAAUUUGUACAGAGAUCCAUCCAGUCACAUUGUUAGCAAAGUAGUUGUAAAUAACGGUUGCAUUAUGAUUUAUUAACAUCGAAUUUAAAAUCAAUAAAUAACUUUGCAGUAAGACAUUCAUUCAUUACACGUCGAUCUAAUCGAACGCAUUAAAUUGAUGAUUAUAAUUUUCAUUCAAUAAUGUUCCCUUUCAUCAAUGCAAUCCGAUUCACCGUGGCUAGAAAAAUAGCCCACCAUCAUUGCCAGCAUGAAAUAAAUGAUAGUUUAAAUAUGCAGUUU